AUGGCAAUCAAAACUUUAAAAACGAACUUACAAUCCUAUGGACAAACACUAAAAAUGUGUGAAUUUCUUAUUAAAGGUGAUAGUUAUUUUAAAGGUAAAAAUGUCGAUACGACGAAAAUUAACAAAGAAAUAUCCAUCAAAAGUUAUUGCUAUAAUGAUGAUUGUAAAACAAAUGGAGAACGUAUUAAUGCUUUGACCGUAUAUAUAUAUAUGAAAUUCAAAAAUUCAAUAAGAGCAACUGAUUAUAAUACGUAUGAUGAAUGCUUAUUGAUGUGGCUAAGUGAUAAAUUACUUAAGAUACGCAACGAAAGCAAAGAGAAAAAGGUUAAACCCCCCUAUAUUGAUACUAUUACUUUAAAAGAUGCUUAUGAGAAAUAUUUAAAGAAUCAUAAAGUAAUAUUGGAUUAUUGGACUUUUUUUGAUAUUAUAAAGGGUUUGAAAGAAGCUAAUCUUAGGUAUAUGAGCGAAUUUUAUUUAUUACUUAAUAGAAUAUGUAAAACAAUUGUAGAUCAUAAAGAUAACGGUGCUGAAAGUAAUAAUCUUUCUAAAUAUUCUAAAAAUUGCCUUAAUCAAUAUAGAAGCCUUUAUUUAAGCAUUUCUGAAUGCGACUCAUAUCUUCGUUUAUUGAAUAAAUUAAAAGGUAUAUAUGAUGAUUUUAGAAGUUAUGCUAUUACGAAAAAUAGUUCAAACAAUAAUUUAGCAACUAAUUUAAAAAAACUUACAAAACCAAAUGGAGAAGAGAUGGACGCGGUGAGAUAUUUUAAACCAUAUAAAAUCCCUAAAAAAAAAUGUUAUUCCCAAAAAAAAAAACCUACAACCCCCAAAGAUUCAAAACCUAAUCCAGGACCAGCACCACAAUCAUCAGAGCCACAACAAACACAAACACCAACACCAUUACCAGGACCAGGGCCACCGCAGGCGCAAAAAAAAGAUUCAUCUUCACUACCACAACCUCCAAACCCACCAACAGAUAAUAAUCAGAAAACAUCACCACCAUCUGCAUCAGACCCAGCUUUAGGAAACAACCAAGAAGAUUUAGAUAAAUCAUCAAAAGACCCAUCAAGUGAACAAGAAGAUUUAGAAAACAACAAAAAACUACUGAAAAUUUUAAUUGAUGGUCAAAUUACGUUUGAAAUGUAUCGUUCCCCUUUUCAUAAUGUAUACACUGAAAUUAAAAAAAGAGUAAAUGAAAGUAUAUCAUCAGCUAUAGAAAAGGCUCAUACUAAUUAUAUAUAUAUUAGUAAUAAAAUUAAUGACGCUAUUAAACAAUUAAGUGAACAACUUCAAAAGGUCUCAACACCUGCAAAAGAAACAAAAGACCCUCACGAUCAUAAAAAACUUGAACAUAAAAGCCCCUCUUCAUCAUCAACAGAUCCACAAACACAAAAUUCACAUCAAACAAAUCCGUCAACAAAUAUCUCAUUAAACGGUCAAAAGGACGUAUUCACACAUUCUAACAAUCUGAUGACAAAUUCAGUACCUGAUGCAGGAAUAAAAGAAAGUACACCGAAAGUAAUACUUCUAGGAAAUAUAUUUAAAAGAGGGGUACCAACUUACGUUAAAGCUAUAGUUAUUUUAAUACCCAUUAUUUUAUUAAUUGUGUAUAAGUAUUUAUCAUCUGGAUGGAGAAAGGAAAUGAAGAGAAAAAAAAACAUGAAAAGGGUUAUAAAUUCAAUUGUAGGAAAAAAACAAAUACAAAUAAUUAUAAAAUCAUCUAAUCAAAAAAAGAAUACUAAAAAAUCUAUAAAUUCCGUUUAUUGGGAAAAAUCGCCAUCAUUAAAUAUAUACAAGAUUAUGCAGGCUGAUCCUGUACCAUUUAUUAAUUUAUUUUUUUUGUUGAUUUUUUUUGUUUAUAAAAGAAAAGAAAAUUCUUUGGAAUGA